GUAACCAUAGUUACUGGAAUGGAUCACGGUUGGUAGCAUUACCACCGUACAACUUGGCAAAAUUGAGUUGGAAAUCAGCCCUAAAUUUUAUAUUACUAUGAUAAUAGGAUUAAAAGGCAAAUCAAACUACUCGCAGCUGUGACUUUGUGAUUAGAAUGUCUCAGCUGAAAAGUUCUGCAUCGGAACGAACAAGUAUUCACGAUAUGCUUAAGGAGACACCUUCAAAUGAGAAUCGGAGUAGUAACGUAGUAGCUGCAGUUGAAACGAAACCUGCGUGCCCAUACUCUCGGUCGGUGCCGACCGGUCUUUCUGCUUGUACAAGUUCGCCAGCGAUAUUAACACCUACUGCCCCCACCCAAAACGACGAUGCAACAAUAAUGAAGACUUCCUCCAGAAUAGAAAAUCUAAAGAACUGGUCAAUAUCGACUUACAAAUGUACGAAGCAAUUGAUGUUCGAAAAAUUAGGAAAAUCUUCGAGAACUGUAGACACAGAACUAGAAGCACAGAUAGAGCAAUUAAGAGAAACGCAAAGAAAGUAUUCCAAUAUUUUACGGUUAUCUAGAGCAUUAACGAGCCAUUUUUAUCAUGUCGUUCAAACACAGCAUGCUUUAGGAGAGGCCUUCUCCGAGCUCGCUCAGAAAUCGCCCGAAUUACAAGAGGAAUUCUUAUACAAUUCUGAAACGCAGCGAAAUCUAACAAAAAACGGAGAGACGCUGUUAGGGGCUCUUAACUUUUUCACAUCGUCCGUAAACACCUUAUGCAAUAAAACGAUAGAAGAUACGCUACAAAGCGUGCGCCAAUAUGAAGCUGCUCGGAUCGAGUACGAUGCCUAUCGUACCGAUUUAGAGUCUUUAAUGCCGAAGGCGGACGGCACUGUAGAUUUCGAUGAGGCUCAAAAAAGUUUUGAGAUGCACCGUCAGAAUUUCAUGAAGUUGCGCACGGAGGUAACGAUUAAAAUGAAGUUUCUCGACGAAAAUAGGAUUAAGGUGAUGCAUAAGCAACUAUUAUUGUUUCAUAAUGCCAUCUCAGCAUACUUUUCUGGUAACCAGGUCGCGCUGGAGGCGACGUUAAAACAAUUUAAUAUUAAAGUAAAAACUCCAAAUUCGGCAUUUCCAUCGUGGUUAGAACAGUAGUUAGUUAACCAAGUUUCAUUUGCACACACUACUAUUAAUCUAGUCAUUAAUUCGUGUAUUAUUCCUUGAAUUUUUUAUUUAAAUUGUGAUGAAUGCGUUAGUAAUAAGGUGAUGAAUGCUGUUCCGUGGCAGAAUCUCACUAAUUCAGUCGCAAAUUAAGAAUAUGUCAAUUGCGCUGGAUUACUUUGAUUCUACUCCUGUAUAUUUAUUUCCAAAUUAGCGGCUUGGUCGGCGGUUUUGCCUAAAAUCAGUAUUUAUUCUAGAAAAAUGCGAAGGAGCAUGUUGUGGGCGUACAAUUGAAGACCAUUUGUGGGUACAUUAUUUUUAAAUAGGGGAUGUCGGAUCUAAGGCUGCUCUACAAACCUCACCCAUUAUCAUUCCAUUCGUUCCAAACUUUUAAGCCUAAUCCACUAAGUGCAAUUGAAAACACAACAAAUGGGUCAUAUUGGUCUUUCUACCCGUGGAGACUGUACGAAUUGUUCUAAUUCUGCUUUGUUCAGCACAGAAAGGCUUUAAACAUGCAGAAGCUCCGAAUACACAAAAUCUCAUAAUUAUGUGCCAUUUUGGGACCAAAUCAAUCUGCUCUCCUUUUAAUGUUGUUAGUUUUAGAAAGUGAAAUUUUUGAAAUUUGACACUCUGGUCAAAUAACCUUUUGUCUUUGAAAUUCAUCGAGUUUUUAAUUGAUUUGUUUUCGUGCUACCAUGUGCCAUACUUUUGUUGACUCGUAAAUGAAACAGAAAACUUCACUCUGAGAUUAUUUUAAUGUGGCCUGGAAAAUUUGUUUAUUUAAAAAAUUGAAGUUAUGCUAGUAGUAGUAGUAACAAUUUUAGUAAAUACCAAGACCUGCCAGAUUAGUAUUUUAAUUAAUAAGCAGCAGUUUUUGUUUUGAUAGCUUAAAAAAAAUUAAUAUUUCCAUGAGAGUUCUUACCAUCCAUCCAUCCAGAGAGUUCUUACGAAAAUCACAUUUGCACAUAUUUCUUUCAAAACAUAGGGCAAACCGAGAGAUUUAUAGAGGGCUAAAUUUCUCACAAAAAACUGUAUACGUUUAUCUUAAACGAAAUAUAAGCAUUGGAAGGUAUUGGAGUAGUCGAGACUCUACUAACAGAAGUGUCUCUUAUAUAGCAUCAACUACACCCUUGCUUCACAAUUAAAGUAGCGGUUCAUACCUCUUUGUUUGUGGUCUGCAAUUAUCAUCUCAGUGCUUAGUAUGCGGAACAGAAUUCUUAACAGGAAUAGUCAUUGUUUUUUUGAAUAAAACUGAAAUCGCUAACCACAUAAUCGGUAUCAAAAUUGUCUGUCCCUGGGGACAGUGAUUUUGAUUAUGAAAGGUCAACUUAAGGCAUGGUUGCCAAAGUUGCAGUUAGAUAGUAUAUCAAUAUAUUUGGACCAGUUAGUUUCAAUUAGUUUAAAAAAUAAAGCUUUUUGAAAAAAUAAGUAUACUUUUAUCCUCAAAUGAAUAUGCACAGAUCGUUUAGGCCGCAAAUGUCCAAAGUGCAGAUUAGAGAUAAGAAACCUAUUGUACCUUGAAAUCUACUUAUUUAUUUAUUUUAUUUAUUGCUAACAUUAGGUGCUUUUGGUGUGAAUAUUUUUGAGUUAAUUUGUAAUAUGCACUAAUGAUUGCUUUUAACGUCAUUCAUCAACCUCCUUCAUCUUCUAUUUUAUUGGAGACAUUUCCAAAAAUGUCUGUCAUAGUUUCUUAACUACAAUCUCAUAGAAAAGUGGUUUAUCCUUUUUGCACCAUACUGUUCUCUCAUUCUUAUUUAUUUUUAAAAUCCCGAUACAGUUACAGUAAAAUAUAUUUGUUAUUGAAUAAGGAAUUCGGUGAUGUGGUCCUAUAUAUUUGGUGGGAGUAGGGUUCUUGUAGUUUCCAUUUCUUUAAAGUAAAAUUUCAUCAGGUUUUGAUUGAAUGUUUUCCAAAUUUACAAUUCCUACUCGUGUGAUGGUAACAAAUAAAUGCACUACUGUAAAAAAAAAUAUAAAAAGUACUAAAAAUAACUUAUUUAUUCAUAGUUUGUUAAGUUUCUCUUUUAUAACCACUAUACCAAAUGUUUUGUUCUCUAUCAGGAUAUUGCAUUAUUUGAUUUUUCAGUCAUAAGAAAUGUGAAAUAAAAAUUACAAGAAAUUCUCUAACCAUUUGAACCAUUUAUUACAGAUUUUUUGCAAAAUCAUGGUUGCCACAAGGUUCCAUCAUAUACAUAAAUAACUAGGGGCUUCCUUGAAUCACACUCUUACACAGUCGAAAAAGUAUUUAAAAAAUUGCAUUCUGUUUUGUAAAGAAUAAAGAUUGUUCUGAAAUACGUUGUGGAUUAGGUUGGUAUUAAUGGCUUUGACCAUAUUGUCUGUUUUUAUACAACGAAACUUCGGCAUCUGACAAGAGUCCUCUAUUUAAAGAUACACUAACUAAUUACUGGAAAGUAUGUCCAGCUCAAAUAAAUAUCGCGUAUAUCUACGACUGAGUUUAAUGUAUUAAGGAUGAUGUUACCUACUUCUUGUGAACUUUUCAGUCUAUCUACAAAAGAAGGUAACGGUUGAUUUCUAAAAUAAUUGUGUAAAUCGGAGCGUCUCGAACAUUACUUUUCACUCAUACCUCUUUUAUUAUUUAAAUUUACGAACACCUUUCAUUCCCAAAUAAAGUAGUAGUAGAUAAUAAAUAAUAAAAAAACGUGUGGGUGAAGUGUGAAAUUGAAUACAUGCCGAUCAAGAAAUGGACACAUUUUCAAGUAUUAUAAAGAUUGUUCUGUCCUUGGCAAUGUUGUAAAGUGAAACGUCCAAGAUUGUUUGUAAAACAUUCCUAAUGUUAAGUGACGCAUUGGAACAAAGUAUGAGAUUUUCGUACCAAAACAAACUUGGUAACUUCUUUCUCGACUUGUGUAGCUGAUUCUGAUGUGCGAGAUUUAUCAAGUUUGUGUUGUUCCUUGUUCACUUCACCACAUGUGAUUACAAAUAUAUGUAUUAUGUGUUGCUGCAAUAUUUGACAUGAAUUCUUUAGUUGCUUUAUAAAUGAACAGUUUUAGCUUUUUUUAUAGUGUUAUUAUUUCAAUUAAUGUACUUAAAUAGUUUUUUGUAGUUUUAUGUACUUAUAACAAACUAAAACUUUUCACUAGUCA